GGCGGCGGCGGCGGACGGACAGACAGACAAGACGGACAGACAGACGCGGAGCCGGGCGAGCCAACCUCGGUGACAGAAAGAAAACGUGGCCUAGGCCCCACCGCCACCCCGGGCCGCUGCAGAUUAUGCCAAAGGAAGCAGAUGUCUGGAACACUGGCUGAAGGUCCUUUAUCAUGCUGAAGCCGGCAGGGAGAACUGUGCAGCCCUCUCCGUCUGUCCUGCUUAGAGAAGACGAUGACUACUGAUGAAGGUGCCAAGAACAAUGGCGAAGGUCCCGCGGCCGCUGUUGCCACGCAGGGAGAAGAUGUCACCCCCAAAAAAGACAGAGGAGUAUUAAAGAUUGUCAAAAGGAUGGGGAACAGUGAGGAAGUGCCAAUGAUUGGUGACAAAGUUUACGUCCAUUACAAAGGAAAACUGUCGAACGGAAAGAAGUUUGAUUCCAGUCAUGACAGAAACGAGCCAUUUGUUUUCAGUCUAGGCAAAGGACAGGUUAUCAAGGCUUGGGACAUCGGGGUGGCAACCAUGAAGAGAGGAGAGAUCUGCCAUUUGCUGUGCAAACCAGAGUACGCCUAUGGCUCGGCUGGCAGCCUCCCCAAGAUUCCCUCGAAUGCAACACUCUUUUUUGAGAUCGAGCUCCUUGAUUUCAAAGGAGAAGAUUUAUUUGACGAUUCAGGCAUCAUCCGUAGAAUCAAAAGGAAAGGAGAGGGAUACUCCAACCCCAACGAAGGAGCGACUGUGGAGAUCCACCUGGAAGGCUGCUGCGGGGGAAGGACGUUUGACUGCAGAGACGUGGUGUUCGUCGUCGGCGAGGGCGAGGACCACGACAUCCCCAUCGGCAUAGACAAAGCCCUGCAGAAGAUGCAGCGGGAAGAGCAGUGCCUCCUGCACCUCGGCCCCCGAUAUGGUUUUGGAGAGGCAGGGAAGCCUAAAUUUGGCAUUGAGCCUAAUGCAGAGCUUAUGUAUGAAGUUACACUUAAGAGCUUCGAAAAGGCCAAAGAAUCCUGGGAGAUGGACACCAAAGAAAAGCUGGAGCAGGCGGCCAUUGUCAAGGAGAAGGGGACUGUGUACUUCAAGGGAGGCAAGUACAUGCAGGCGGUGAUCCAGUACGGCAAGAUAGUGUCCUGGCUAGAGAUGGAGUACGGUCUGUCGGAGAAGGAGCUGAAAGCCUCGGAGUCGUUCCUGCUUGCCGCCUUCCUCAACCUGGCCAUGUGCUACUUGAAGCUGCGGGAGUACACCAAAGCCGUGGAGUGCUGUGACAAGGCCCUGGGACUGGACAGCGCCAACGAGAAAGGCUUGUACCGGCGCGGCGAAGCCCAGCUGCUCAUGAACGAGUUCGAGUCGGCCAAGGGAGACUUCGAGAAGGUGCUGGAAGUGAACCCCCAGAACAAGGCCGCGCGGCUGCAGAUCUCCCUGUGCCAGAAGAAGGCCAAGGAGCACAACGAGCGCGACCGCAGGGUGUACGCCAACAUGUUCAAGAAGUUCGCCGAGCAGGACGCCAAGGAGGAAGCCAGCAAAGCCAGGAGCAAGAAGCCUGGAGAGGGGCCCGCUCGGCGGAAAGGCGCCGCAAGCCCGGCGGCGGCGGCGGCGGAGGCGGAAGGCCGCGUAUGACGUCACGCCUCGGAGGGAAGGAGCCCUCGGCUCGGCCCCUCCCCACUGGGCUUGUGCCCAACUCAGGACUGAACAGUGUUUGGUGUAAAGUUUGUUAUAGUCUCUGUGAUUCGGGAAGCAGCUUCCCAAAAUAACCACCCUGCUGCUGCCCGGGGAGUCGCUGGAGGAGGCGGCGUGGGACCACGCCAGGCGGAGCAGAACCGAAAGGGCUGUUGGUGUGGAAAAACUGAGCCAGCGGCCGGCGUCCAGCUCAUUUCAGCUUAUGUCAACUUUCAGUAGCCAAUGCAGCAUCCUUUGAGAGAAUCCUAAUAAUCUGGGCUGUUAGGUUUUACAUCCGAACUUUAAUGGCACCGCAAAAACCUUUAAAAAAAAAAAAAAAGCCACCAUGAGCCGGGCGUGGUGGUGCACGCCUUUAAUCCUAGCCCUGGGGGAUGCGGAAGCAGGAGGAUCAUUGUGAGUUC